AUGCCAAGUGUACCUUUACCGUAUACCGGGUGGUCACAUUUGAAAAAUCUAAAGUUAGCUGAUCCGGACUUUCAUACGCCCCAGCCUGUUGAAAUGUUACUAGGAGCGGAUAUACUAUCCCACGUGUUACUAGGCAACACUAUCGUAGGCCCGCCGGGCACGCCGAUCGCUAUGAAUAGUGUGUUCGGUUAUUUACUUUUAGGCAAAUUAGAUUUAGAUUUUUCUGUUCCAACUUCAUUUCAAGUGUGUUUUAGCUCGUUUGACAACGACAACCUUCAGAGAUUUUGGGAGCUGGAAUCAAUACCAGAGAAACGGAGUUACACUCCAGAUGAGGAGUUGUGCGAAUCCUUUUUUCAAAAGACGCACACUCGUAAUGCGGACGGGCGAUACGUGGUCGCCCUCCCGUUUAAGCCCGACGCACCGUCUCUCGGCGAGUCGCGGUCCAUUGCGCUAGCUCGGUUUCAUAAACUAGAAUAUCGGUUAGAACGCAACCUCAAGUUGAAGGCUGAUUACCACGCUUGUCUCCAGGAAUACGUAGACCUCAACCACAUGGAGCUCGUCGAUGAUCAACCUUCAGUUAGUGAAAGUUAUUACAUUCCGCACCACUGCGUGGUCAAAGAAUCGAGUGAGUCGACGCCUACACGUGUGGUGUACGACGCCGGUUGUCGCUCAACUAGUGGGUAUUCGCUCAAUGACGUUUUACUAACGGGUCCUAAGCUUCACAUGGACAUAGUGGACGUCCUUCUUAAAUUUCGUGUCCAUUCAAUCGCGCUUACUGCCGACAUAAAACAAAUGUAUCGUAAUAUACUUGUUCGUGAAAGUGACAAAGAUUUUCAGCGUAUUGUGUGGCGCACAUCACCAGAGCAAACUAUUCGUGACUACCGUUUGCGUACAGUCACAUUCGGUGUGAAAUCGUCACCUUACCUCGCUCUGCGUACAAUAAAACAACUCGCUCAAGAUGAGGCCGAGUGGUUCAAACUCGCGUCGCCCGUUUUACUUAACGAUGUUUUCGUCGACGACGUCGUAUCUGGCGAGGACUCUGAAGUCAGCGCACUCGCGCUACAACAAGAGCUGAUAGGUAUUUGUAGGGCGGCUGGGUUUGAAUUGCGCAAAUGGCACAGCAACUCGCCAGCGUUACUCGCUGCGGUGCUGCCAUCAGAGUCUCAUGGUGAGCGGCCGGAGAACGUUCUCUUCGCUGAAAUGGAGAUCGACAAAAAGGUUAAGGUUCUGGGCUUACAGUGGAACCCUAAAUCUGAUUCAUUCAAUUUUAAAGUCCAAGUUUCAUCGAUUAAGUGUACAAAGCGUGUCAUUCUUUCAGAAAUAGCAAAAAUAUACGACCCCCUCGGGCUAUUAUCACCGGUCACAUUGUUUGCCAAACAUUUGAUUCAACUCUUAUGGAUAGCCAAAGUCGAUUGGGAUGAGACGCCGCCUGUUGACAUAAUAAAUUCGUGGUCUUCUUUCGUUGACGAGCUCCCACUCAUCUCACAAAUCUCAUUUCCGCGUUAUAUAUUUAACAAUACCAAUCCCGAACCGAUACAAAUUCACGGUUUUGCUGACGCUUCCGAGAAGGGUUUCGGAGCAUGUGUAUAUAUUCGUUACAAAGAUCAAGAAGAUUUCAUUCAAACUCACCUGAUUAUAGCCAAAACUCGCGUCGCACCGUUGAGUGUGCGUCUCACUAUUCCUCGCCUCGAACUAAUGGCGGCAGUCCUCUUAUCUAAAUUAAUUGAAAAGGUAAUGCUCACUUACAGUGGUCGUGUUCGCUUCGACCAGGUCUACGCUUGGUCCGACGCAUCCAUCGUGCUAGCAUGGCUACACUCAUCUCCGCACGAAUGGAAAACCUUCGUUUCGAACCGUGUCAGUGAGAUUUUGCGCCGCAUACCCGCGGACCGCUGGCGCCACGUCCCGUCGGCCGACAAUCCCGCCGACGCUGCGUCUCGUGGCCUUUUGCCCGCCGCGCUCGUACAGCAUGACUUAUGGUACCACGGACCCUCGUGGCUACAUCUGGGUCAGAACUCCUGGCCGAUUCCAAAUCCCGUAAGAGACACGUGCGAAGAAAAACGCAACGUAUCGGUUGAGCAUCUGGAGCGCUCCCUUACCGAGGUGGGUCCUUCCGACCCCCUCCGAACAUGUGACAUCGCCCAGAAAUUAGUGUCUGCGGUAGUUAAGAAAUCGGCCAAGGGCCUAAAGGGCGACUGCGUGCGGGCCCUAAAAUCGGCUACCUCUUCCCUGGAGGAGCAAAUGGCGAAUGCGGUAAGCCGCACCACCAACGAUGAAACGGUGGGUCUACGGGAAACAGUGGACCUGCUGCACGCCCGACUGGCCCAAAUGAGUGCCGAAAACGAUCGCCUUCGGCAGGAGAACGGGCAGAUGAAGGUCGACAUGGCUGAGAUGCGCACGCUCGUGAACGACUUAGUCGAGAAGCAGUGCAACUCGGCCCCUGCAUCUGCUCCGCUCGAAACAGAAGAGGUCAAUGAGGCCGAGGAGUUGAGGCGGCGGCUCCUAAUACAGGAGGCACGCAGCUCCAACGUGGAGCGCAACAACGCUACAAAGAAACAAAGGGAAUGA